CGGUGUGACGUUGGACGGCGGCCAGGACGCAGGCGUGGGGCAUUUGCAGCCAGAGAGCCUCAGCGGUGUCCUUGCGCUCUGUCACCCUGCUUCUGUGCUCCGCGGCGGCGGCCCGAUAGUUCGCAGGUGGAAAGAUGGCAUUUGUGAAGAGUGGCUGGUUGCUGCGACAGAGUACUAUUUUGAAGCGUUGGAAGAAGAAUUGGUUUGACCUGUGGUCAGAUGGUCACCUGAUCUAUUAUGAUGACCAAACUCGGCAGAGUGUUGAGGAUAAGGUCCACAUGCCGGUGGACUGCAUCAACAUCCGCAUGGGGCACGAGUGUCGGGAUAUUCAGCCUCCAGAUGGGAAGUCAAAAGACUGUAUGCUGCAGAUUGUUUGCCGAGAUGGGAAAACUAUCAGUCUUUGUGCAGAAAGCACAGAUGAUUGUUUGGCCUGGAAAUUUACACUGCAGGAUUCCAGGACAAACACAGCUUAUGUUGGCUCAGAAGUCCUGUAUGAUGAGACAGCUGUGGCUUCUUCCCCUCCUCCUUACACAGCCUAUGCUGCACCAACCCCUGAGGCAUAUGGCUAUGGUCCAUACAGUAGUGCGUACCCUCCAGGAACUCAAGUUGUCUAUGCUGCAAGUGGACAGGCUUAUGCUGUACCCUACCAGUACCCGUAUGCAGGACUUUAUGGACAACAGCCUGCCAACCAGAUCAUCAUUCGGGAGCGGUAUCGAGACAGCGACAGUGAUCUGGCACUGGGCAUGCUGGCCGGAGCAGCCACUGGCAUGGCCUUAGGGUCUCUGUUCUGGGUCUUCUAGAGUCCUUCAGAUCUGGAUGUGCAUAGCUUCUGAUACCCUGUGUGCAAUAAUAUAAUUUGCAGGGCAUUUCUGUUGGUGAUAAAUGUUUUUAAUAAUAGUUUAAUUGUUCUUUUGAAAGUGAUGACAUCAUAGUUCUAACUAAUCCAUACACGUACUGUAGAGAAGGCUUCUGAUUUGUGUUUAGCUAAAACAUGGAAUCUCUGGGGCACUGGCUCAUUCCAGGAGUUUCAUUCUAGAACUCUUGGAAUACCUUAUUUUGGACAUACCUAUUUAGAAUGGCAUUUUCUUUUCAGAGUUAGGUAUAGUGCUUAAGGGAUAAUUUAGUGUUCUGUUUAUAUAUGGUGAUGUAUGAGUGAGCAAUGUGGCAAGGAGAACUGCAUCUUCUUUCUGUUUAACAUUGAACUUUGAAGCCUUGGAUCAGAGCUGGCUGCAUGUAACUUCAGGAGUUGUGGUCUGGUAAGCAACCAGGAACUUCCCUGAGGCAGUGGGGUGGUAUCCCCAGGACCUCUGGGGCCAGCAAGGCUGACUGCUCAGGAUGAUGGGGUAGGGUCAGCCCCCCUCCCCGCCCUCCUCCCUCCCUCCCCACCUUCCUCCCCACUUCCUCUUAAAAUGAUGCUUCUUCAUUUUAUUCUUUGUUCUUUUGGUAUGAUCCUUGGAAAAUAUCCCAUAUUAGGAAUUGGCUUGAGCCUCAAAGUUUUAUCCUUUAAAACUUGAAGAAGCCAAAACAGUUUGAAGUAUGUGGAGGUAGAUGUGCUUUAUUCAGAGAAGACCCUAUGUUUUUAGUGUCUGCUUUGGAUAUUUUUAUUGCCACAUCAGCCUACUUAUAGCUUAUUUUGCUACUUGUUGAGAAAGUGGUAUUAAGAGUGGUGAGGAAAUGGAAUGAGAGCCAUACUUACAGUGUGACUGUGUCAGGCCUCUGGGGAUCACACUGUGCAGAGGGUGCUCUUUUCCUCUCUUCUGUCCUUCUGAAGAGCAGGUGUCCUGCUUUGUGCAGGACUGGGGCACUGUGAUUGUCCCCCAAGCACUGGGGUUCAUGGAGCCCUGGUGAUGGAUAGUGGGGGCUCUUGGGACCAUGGCUGUUGGGGAGACUCAGGUUACAGAUGGGAAAUGAUUGCCUAAGGACAUGAAUAACCUUCUGUCAAGGUAUUACUCAGCUUGACCAGGACAUGGGCUUUGUUUUUAUUCCUGACACAGAAGCUUAAACCAUGUAAUUUUGAGCCCCAGCUAUGUGUGAAGCUCUGGAAAACCCAUAAUCCCACACUUCUGUUAUUUCUUUAUAUGAAUUUGUAAAGCCCAAAAUUAGUCCAGUCUUCUGUCCCGCAAGCUUUAAAAAAUGUACUUCCACCAAGGCAGUUUAGCACAGUGACAGUCCCUACGCUGGCACUCCAAAAUACACCCCUAGUAGCACAAACUCUGUUUUUAUUUUCUGUGGCCAGUUACAUACAUAACUUGUUUCAUAGGUCAACUGACUCCAUCUCUGAGCAGACUUAAAUAGAUCUCCAUAUGAAGCCAUCUGCCAAACGACCUUGAUGUCAGGUCUGUUUUCCUGGGCAGUUCUGCUGAACUUACACUGUAGAGUCUGUUUCUAGUUGAAAGGAGGUGCACUUGACUGUCACCCCUUUGGAUAUUUGAGACAGUGGAAAAUUGCCAACUGUGAUUUCUGACAAGGUUAGUUUUGAUGAUUAAAAAUGUUGCUCUUAUGAUUUUACAUCCUUUGUAGUAAGAAUGGCUUUGUUUAGAUGAUAGUCAUUAUUAAGAGCUGUAUGCUUUACUAAUAAAAUAUUAAACAGUUUUUAAUGUGGUAUUGGGGUAUUGAUUUUGAACUUGGAGUUCCUGGAACCACAGGGUACUGAGUUAUGUUGCUGAAAUGCCUGGGAAGCAGAGUCCCCCCUCUGACGGAAGGGGCAGGUGUAAACUGAAGCUUGGGCACAUGUGUGUGCACUCUGUUGGCCAGCCCCAUUGGGCAGCCACAGUUCAACCUGGAAAUUCAGUGUUGCCAGUGACUUGAUGCUGUUAGGAAAUGCAUAGUAGGUAUAAAGAUGGGCUGAGAUACUUCAUUUCCUUGGUCCAAUUUCUGUAGAUGCCAGCUUUGUGAUUGCCUCAAUUUAGGUAAUCCUAAAUCAAAAAAAGUUAGAUGAGGUGGAAGGAACUUGUUCAGGUGUGAGUAAGCUUUUCUCACUUUCAUGUGUGGAAGAAGUUGCCCACUGACAUUGCACACAUGCCAAGCUGAUUGUUUUUUGGUUACUGGAGUGAACUUCAGAGUCUUAGAUAGUAAGGAGAAAAGAAAGACCAGUGGCUGUGUUUCAGAUGAUCAUCCUGAAACAGGCCAGACCUGGACCCAAGACACUGGUCUCAACCAUGGUUGAGACGAAUGGCCUAAGUUUAUUUUCUACAUCAGUUAUCCUGUUUCAUUUUUCUUUCUCCUUCCCAAGUUUAUGUAGACACAGGCAUGGAAUGCAGUUCCAUUUCUACCCCCCCCCCCCCGAAUUGAUCUGUUUUCUGAUUGCUUCCCUCUCAUAAUCUCUUGUGUCCACAGAACCUAUUUUCCCUGUAUAUGCAAAUUGUAUGUUUAUAAGUGAAAAUGUUAAUACAUUAAAUGGUUAACCUUAAA